AGAAGUACUUUUACUUUUUUGUAGUUCUUCUCUUAUCAAUAUCAUCAAAGGCUUUAGUAUCCCAGGCCAGUGCAGUGUGUGGCCGGCAUCAGUUACUCACAGUCACGAGUGGAGUGGGUGCAAUCCGAUAGAGCCAAGUAACAGUUAGUGAAGGAAAGCAUUCAGAUAUUGAAACCAACUUUGAUGUCCCCUUUCCGCCUGAAGUAAAAUAAAAUUAAUGACUGUGUGAACGGCUAGUGUAAGUGCUGAAAUGAUGGACACGGUGUGGGUGGCCUGGGCCGUGUCGGCCAACGCACUACUCGUCACCUUGGCUCUAAUCUCUCUCCCCACUGGCAGCAAUGGCCAGUUUUGCUCUGUGUUUAACAAUCGCUCUCCUACGCCGCAGCCCGGCUUACGGAAUUGCUCGUGGUACAGAGACAGUUCGUGCUGCCGAAAUGAGGAGAUCGACUCGCUCUUUGACACGGUUGUUCUACCGGACCAAGCUAAUAGAAGGUGUCGGAAUUUGAUAACGUAUCUCAUGUGCUACGUCUGCGAUCCGGCACAGAGUAAUUUUUACCAGCAGGAGAGGUUGACGGUGUGCGACCGUUUCUGUGAUGAUGUGUUGGAGGCGUGCGCUGAUGCUGUUUUCGGAGGGAGCCGCCUGGAAACUCGGUUUGGCAGUGAUGGAGCUAGAUUCUGCAGGGAGCUACGCUUCGAAGUCGGUACGAGUGCUGAAACCUGCUUCAACUUGGCAGAGGACAGGCGAACGCUGCCGCUAAGCUCUGGCGAAUCUGUGAGGCCCGCAUCAACUCUGCUAUAUGCACUGGCUGCGUUUGUUCUAACGACUUUCCGCCACAUGAGGCCGACAUCAGUAGCACUGUUAGUGGUGCUAAUCGCAAGCAGUACGUUGGUGAAACCAAGCAGUGGAGCGGUAACAGCGGAUAACAUUCGUGACAUGGCCGCGGCGUUGGAAAAUGAACUCAUCACCAUUGCUAGAGAUGGAAUAAAACGAGAUCGCGUGCAGGACAUUUACGAAAUGGCUGAUCGGCGGCGAAACGCCCUGAACGCAACGUCCAUUCUUGGAAAUAUCGAAAGUCAGCUGGAAAGCCUGUUAAACGAUCUGGACUCCGCAGCCAGUCAGCUAUCUAGCAGCAUUGCAACAGCUCGAUCCAACUACCUCCUGUCCCCAGUACAGCCGCUGCCACUUGCCAACCUCUCUAGUGAUGUAUAUGUUGAUGCUGACAGUAUAUCGGCUCUGUCAGCGUUGAACUUGUCCUACAACAGUACUUUCCGCCGUCCGGUGAGCUUUGAGCAGAGUGUGGUGAAAAUUCCUGCUGAAGUGACCCGUUCAAGUCGUGAGGUUCAGGAGGCUGUUCAGUGGACAGCUGCUAUAAAUAGUGUGCUGGCAGAGCUGCAGUCUAAACGUAAUGUCAGAUGGACUUACUUUGGCUCCGAGACUGGCAUAUACCGAAUUUAUCCAGCGUCUGAGUGGCCAAGCACAUUUGCUGGCUUCAAGCGUGACUUUGAUCCACGUUCACGUCCCUGGUACCUGUCUGCAACAUCAGGUCCGAAGGCGGUGGGUAUAUUUCUGGACUGCAGUGCUUCUAUGGAAGACGACCAGCGAUGGGACAUUGCGGUGCGUACCGUGAGGCAGAUUGUGAACACGCUAACACGCGAUGACCAGGUCAACAUCGUCUGCUCGCGGGGAUCUUACUACAAUAGUGCGGGGAGAUACAUCACGGCCAACUCAGUCACUUUGGGAUGCAACAAGCAGUCGAUGAUGCGUGCUACGACGUCUAACCGUGCACAGCUACUUGAUGCUUUGGACGGACAGUCACCGUUCGGUAGCGGUGCUCAGCAUGAGUCAUCUCUGAAUGAUGUGGUAGGAAUGUUCCCAGACGUAACAACCGGCUGUAUGAAUGUCCUAGUGUUUGUAACCGAUGGCAAAGAUAUUGACGAUGAUCACUAUGCAGACCGCUGCACUGAUCAUGACCAACAGGGAGGAAGCUCAACCCGUGGCUGCAAUAUCAUUCGUUUGGAUCUCGCCGGCAUGUGGAGUAUUGCAGAUCGCGCUCACAUUACAAGAUCAGCGCGAGUUGUUGCUAUCGAGACCGGAGAUGAGGGCUCGGAACUUCCGGGAAUGAUGGCAUGUAGCAAUGAUGGUGUGUAUGUUCAGAUGCUGAGCACCAGAAACGUUCGCUUUCAACUGUCUCCAUACUACUCUUAUCUGUCGAGGCUAGGCAAUCCAGCCACGGAUAGCAGGCAAACCACCUCUCCGUAUAUAGACGUCAACGGCCUGGGCAGGCUCAUCACACUCUCGGUACCAAUCUAUGAUCGGGUUGGUGAAAGGAAUCUGCUGGGUGUUUUCGGUGUUGAUGCCGUCCUGGACGAUUUGGAGAAUACGCUCCUUGACGAUCAGUUUGGUCUGUCCUACGGCUUCCUUAUCGACACCGAAGGCAGAGCACUGGUGCAUCCCAGGCUAACACCAAGUGCUGAGCUGGUAACUGACCCAGUUUACCCAAGCAUACAAGAACUAGAGCAAAACUCACAAGGAGAACCGAGCGCUUUCAGCAUGACCCUGGUGGAAAUGAUGCGGCAACAGCGUGGUAGCAGCUCUCUGAUCACAGGACCACGUCCCCAGCAGCGUGGCUCCAUAAGCGACGGUGUGGUGUUCCGCGAAGAAGUGCGUUUCACCUAUCACUACUCCGCCAUACCCUCUUCACAGUUUGCAUUCGCGUUUGUUCUGACCGAGGAGGACACAGACCAAGACACACUCAUUGAUAUUACCUACAACCAAUCACAACCGAUCAACUAUUACCAUGAGAUAGGUCGGUAUGGGUCGGCUGCGCGCAAUACGCUUGGAUUCAGUACAAAUGUCUUCGGCUAUGGAACGGCGAAUAACCCCCUCGCCAUUGCCCAGGAUGAAUCAACGUUCAAGCUUGCCGCACGAGCCUUCUGCGAUCCAACACGGUAUUUGCUGUCGGACUUCCCAACUUUCGACAGUGUGGUGUCGUUCUUCAACUCCAACGAGUCCUAUGUGUCCUGCGAGAAUGGUGGCCUGUAUUUGCAAGAUAUCAGACCGACUGUGUGGGCAUCUCAAGCCAUUCAGGAUUUCUGGAAGAACAACCGCACCGCACGAACAAUGGAUGAGGUAGCUUGGACGUACUUUGGAUCAGCCAACGGUAUGUGGCGGAGCUUUCCUGGUUCUCAGUCCCGACGAAGCUACGAUCCUUCCCGUCGCCCAUGGUAUCACCGUGCCCUAGCUAACCCACCAUCAGUGUAUGCCACAUCCGCUGUAUAUCUGGAUGCCGGUGGCGUUGGCAAAGUGGUCACUCUGGCGCAGACCAUCUUCCAUGGCCGACCGGCUGCAGCCAUGGCUGGUCCGUGCACCACCGUGGAAAACUAUGCUGGUGGUUGUGCAUGCACAGAACACACUCAGUGUACAUCACGAUACUGUGAUCGGGGAACAUGCACAAAUCAAGCUAUUGCUGGUGUAGCUGCAGUUGAUCUGAGAUACACACAGUUUGAGGCAUUGGUCUCUGCUACGCUGGGCAGUGUGCCUACUGUUAACAAUGAUCCAUGCGCAAACAGCGACAACAGGUGUAUUCUGGUCAACGAUGCUGCUGAGGUUGUGUACGAUCAGACAAUCAGCAACGUCAGUGACCUGGAUCCCAGGAAUUUUGAGAAUGUUCCACUGGCCUUCCUCCAUGGUGGAGUGAUGCUGUCACUGAUCGAUGAGGGCAUCUUCACUCGCUUCAGUUUCGUGAAUCGCCAAGGCCUCUGCCAAGUCGCCAGAUAUGCACCAUCCGUCAGUGAUAGAGAUCUACUGCUGACUGCUGAGCAGCAGGACAACUACUUUGAGAACCGUGGACCUAUUCCACGCUUCCAGAACAACUUUGGCUGUGAACUCGAUCAGAUUCUCUAUCAACGCAACGUCUCCAGUCCCAUACCCACAGACUUCAGUCGGACGUUUGAGGGACCAUGUGAAGAUGGUGUGUAUCGCAUCGCUCCAGUCGCCAACACCAACCUACUGCUUGUGGUGAUUGAGCGUACUCAGGUGAAGCGUGAUAACUUUUUCAACUUCAACUGUCACAUUUUCAACAAUGUUGCUCGAUCUGGUGGAUUCCGCUUGGAGGAGACGGCAUGCAGCAGUACGGACGACAGUGCCAUAGUACCUAGGAUGUGUUUGCAGUUCAGUGGCUUUGUGCCCAGCUGCACAUUCAACACCGCUACCACUAUUGCAUUGUCGCUGGCCAUUCUACCACUGUGUUUUGCUGCUAGUGCUAUUGUGUGGCUGGUGUAGUUCAGGGUUCCAUUAGGCCUCUUGUCAAUCUUGUUAUAUUCAAUACACACACACAUUAGUCAGUGCAGGUUUUCUUCACUUCGCUUGCAUGCGAUGCGAGUUUUCUACACGUGUAGGCGAUGCCAGUUUCAAUGGCUUAUUGUUGUGGGUGAUCAUCGUACACAAUCUCCAUGCACACUUGCUUUCCUGUCCUUUCUCUUGAUCAUGACCCGGCUUUGAUGAUACAGAUACACACUUACAAGUAGAAGUUUCCGAGUUUGAGAUCUUGUCGCAUAAUGGCUAAGCCUUUGUGAAACGUUUUCUGCACAUGCAAAAUUGAAAGUAGACCUGUGCCACACUGGGCCUAAAGUU